ACGAUAUCUAACUGCCAUCUUCAACUUCAGUAAUAACUAGAAGCCUUCUUUCUAUUUCAAAAGCAUACACUUGCAUUCAAAGAAGUAAAUUAAGCUUUCACAUAACGAUCUUUGAUCAAUCUUUAAUCACAUUCAAGGGAGCUCAACACUUACCUUUCGAAUCCAAUGGCGCAAGUUUCAGAGAAGGAGCUGAAUUCAAUGAGAAGGAGAGUGGUUACUGUUGCUAACCAUCUUGUUCCAGUUAUCGCAAGUUCAAAUUGCGAGUCUAUUGUCUUAAGUAAUGCGUCAAUGAAUGAUAGCUAUCACCGGAUACAUGGUGAAGUGCCAACGCACGACGUCGUUUGGCGAAUUGCAUUUGAUGAGUCCGGCAAGGAAUUCACAGACAUUAUUUAUGAGAAAGCUGUCGAUGAAGGGAUUGCCAAGAUUACCAUAAAUAGGCCGGAGAGAAGAAACGCGUUUCGGCCACAGACAGUUAAGGAGCUUAUUCGAGCAUUUAAUGAUGCUAGAGAUGAUAGUUCGGUUGGAGUGGUUAUUCUUACUGGGAAGGGAACCAAAGCAUUUUGUAGUGGUGGUGACCAGGCUUUGAGAACCACAGAUGGUUAUGCUGAUUAUGAAAAUUUUGGUCGUCUUAAUGUCUUGGAUUUGCAGGUACAAAUUCGUCGUCUUCCCAAACCAGUAAUCGCAAUGGUUGCAGGUUAUGCUGUUGGUGGAGGGCAUGUGCUUCACAUGGUUUGUGAUCUCACCAUUGCAGCGGAUAAUGCUAUUUUUGGCCAAACUGGUCCAAAGGUUGGAAGCUUCGAUGCUGGAUAUGGAAGUUCCAUCAUGUCUCGUUUGGUUGGACCUAAAAAAGCACGUGAAAUGUGGUUUUUAGCAAGAUUUUACAAUGCUGCUGAAGCAGAGAAAAUGGGACUUGUCAACACUGUUGUACCGCUAGAGAAUUUAGAACGCGAAACCAUUAAAUGGUGUAGAGAGAUCCUAAGGAAUAGCCCAACUGCUAUUAGAGUGCUUAAAUCAGCGCUAAAUGCAGUUGACGAUGGCCAUGCUGGACUCCAGGCACUCGGAGGAGAUGCCACACUCAUAUUUUAUGGCACCGAGGAAGGUAAUGAGGGAAAAACUGCAUAUGUGGAUCGCAGGCGCCCAGAUUUCUCAAAAUUUCCUCGACGACCUUAAUAUUGAGUUACUUUCUUUUCUUAGUUUAUCAACGGCAUAGACUUGCUUGGCUGCUGCUUCUGUGGCUUAAAUUUAUGUUACAAGUACUGGUGGAGAGAAAAUUUGAGAUAAAUAUACCUUGAACUGGUAGUUUAUUUUUUGGUAUAUUAUGUGCACAUUUCAAUCUUGUUAGCAAUAACAUUUUGUCAGUUGUGAGAA